AUGCUGAUUUUAGUUAUUGGCGAUCUUCAUAUACCAAGCCGUAGUUACAGUAUUCCAGCUGUAUUCAAAGAAUCUUUGUCAACAGGAAAAAUUCAUCAAAUAUUAUGCACAGGAAACCUUUGUACGAGAAGUGAAAUCGAAAUGCUGAGAAAAUUCUGCAGCGAUGUUCAAAUAGUACGUGGAGAAUUUGAUGAAGAUGAUGUUACAGAAUGUGAGCAGCUCUCAGUUACAGUUGGAAGUUUCAAGAUUGGUUUGGUUUCUUCCUAUACACUUAUUCCUUCAAAUGAUAAAGCACGUCUUGCUGCAAAGGCUCGUGAACUAGAUGCUGACAUUUUGGCUUUCGGAGGAGGCCAUCAAGCUGGUAUGUAUCAAAAAGAUGGCAAAUUAUACAUAAAUCCUGGAUCAGCAACAGGAGCAUUCUGUGCCGAAAACCCAGAACCUCGUCCAUCAUUUAUCCUCAUUAAUAUUCAAGGAAAUUCAGCAAUUACAUACAUUUAUACUUUGGAGGCAGAUGGAACGAUGAAAGUCGAUAAGGACGUUUUUCAGAAAGAAGGAGAAGACGAAUAA